AUGCGAGCCCAACCUCACUCUGCUUCGGCGGUCCAUCACCAUGGCACCCAAGACACGAUUGUCUACGCCGUCAGCGGGUAUGGCUCACUGGUAUCCUCCUCUGGCGAGACCAAAGACGGCCCAUUUGGUGAUGUGAGACAGGAUCUCAAGCCCGGAGAUUGGGCUUUGAUCCCGGCGUAUAGGGAACAUCAAGAAGUGAAUGAUGGAGACGAGGAGGUCGUUUGGGUUAUCGUCAGGGCACCAGAGGGUGUGCCUGUGGUGGAGAAUCUGAAGGAUUGGGGAGAAAGCUUGAAGGCGUAG